AUGAAGAGUGAAAUAUCAUUUCGCGUUGCAAGUGAAUCUGAAAAUGACAAAGUGCUUGAAUUUCUGCGUGAACAUUUCUUCCCCGAAGAGCCAAUAAACCGAGCUUAUCCUAGUCAGGAUGACAGCAUGGAAGAAGAAUUUCUGCUUUCAUUAUUACCCGACAGCAAUGUUAUAGUGGCUAUUGAUGCCACUAAUAAAAAUGACGAAAUUGCCGGACUAGCAUGUAUUGGAGAAAUCACAAAAAAUUACUCAAACGAGUCGUGGGAUGAGUCAGAACAGACGACAAACAUAAAAUGGCGUGAUAUUUUAAAAUUCAUGUCUCACAUUGAGGCAAAAUCGAAUGUCUGUGAGCGAUAUGGUGUUGAGAAAGCCGUUCAUCUGCAUGGUGUGACUGUUAAUAAAAAUUAUCGUGGAAAGUCUUUAGGCAAAAGGCUCUUCGAGGAAUGCUUUCAUAUUGCGAAAAUGCGUGGCUAUACGCUCGUCAGUGCUGAUUGCACUUCAAUUUAUUCCGUCCACAUAGCACAAUCAACUGGCAUGGAGUUUGUAUCGAUGGUGACAUAUGAUGAAUAUCAUGAAAAAAUUGGAUAUAAACUCUUUAAUCCAAUCCAUCCACAUGUUGACGUUAAAUCAUUUGUGAAGAAAUUGUAA